AUGUCCCAGCCUUUCCCCUGGGACAUUGGCGUCCAUGAUGCCCACUGCCAUCCCACAGACACUAUGGCAUCGGUAGCAGAUAUCCCGCAAAUGAAAGCGACCACUCUAACAAUAAUGGCUACGCGGGGCGAAGAUCAAGACCUGGUACAACAAACAGCCAUGUCACUUGGCAAAUCAGAGCAGUCCCCAGAAAAAGCAAUUCCAUGCUUUGGGUGGCAUCCCUGGUUUUCACACCAGAUUGUGGACGAUACCGAUGCAAACACUGCUCAGACAAAAGAAGAUCAUUACAUGGCGGUACUGUCACCCCCACCAAUAGACGACCAUACAUUCAUCAAUGCUCUUCCGACUCCAAAACCACUGUCAGAGCUUAUCGUGGAGACCAGAAAGCGACUCCAAUCAUGUCCAAACGCUCUAGUCGGCGAAAUUGGGUUGGACAAGGCCUUCAGACUCCCGGGUAUUUGGUCACCAGAUGAACUUGACAAGCGAGAUGACCAAUUAACACCCGGCUCACGAGAGGGACGACGUCUCUCCCCGUAUAAAGUGAAGCUAGAACACCAGCGCACAAUCCUCAAAGCACAGCUACAGUUAGCUGGGGAGAUGGACCGCCCUGUUUCGAUGCAUAGCGUACAAGCACACGGCGCGUCAUUUGAUACUCUAAAGGAAUUAUGGAAAGGCCAUGAACGGGUCAUUCUCUCACGAAGGAAGAGAGAUAAACAACAGGAUGCGGAGGGGGCAGUGUCUGAGGAUGAAACAUCUACACCAGAUAGUAAAAGCCCGCCUCCUUUCCCACCACGCAUCUGCAUGCAUUCAUAUUCUGGUCCUGUGGAGCCGAUCCGACAAUUUUUGCAUCAAUCGAAUCCAUCAGAUGUUUACUUUUCUUUCUCGAGUCUGAUCAACUUCAGUGGAGCUCCGGCGAAGAAAAUCGCGGAUGUUAUCAAGGCUUUGCCUGAUAACCGAAUUUUGAUCGAGAGUGAUCUCCAUACCGCGGGUCCGCAGAUGGAUGCACUACUCGAAGAUGUCGCUCGAAAGAUCUGUAACCUUCGUGGAUGGGAAUUGAGACAUGGUGUUCAAGUGCUUGCAGAUAAUUGGCGACGGUUCGUUUUUGGGUAG